UCUAAUUCGACAAUAUUUUCCACGUAGUUCUCUGCAAAUAAGAGAAUUGGGGUUUUGUUUAAUCGGAGUUUUGUGGGUUUUCAUGGAUUUUCCUUCUUAGUGAGACCAACCAAAAUUACCAAAUCUUUUUUUUUUUUUUGUUUCCUAAGCUUAGAACCCGACUUGCGUAGUUUUAAUCGGAGUUCUUGGUUUUCAUGGAUGCGUGAUGGUAGGGUUCCGCUGCGGACGGCUGAGAUACUACGGUGGAAAUUCAUUGAAUUAAUCUCUCUCCCCCACGCACCCGCACUCUCCAUACGUAUUCUGCAACUUCUCAAUCCCAGCAAUAGAGGUGGUUAUGGGAAAGGGAGUUGCCCAAUCGGGAGAGGUAGCCUUUGACGAAUCGGAGGAGUAGAGAAGAGGAUAUAUCGCGACUCUUGCCAAAAACCUAAACUUGAGUGUCCAACAACUGAUCAUGGAAGAGAGAUCAUACCAUCCCAUCGAUAGUCACAAUCUCACCUUUGAAGUAUCAAGAUCAACAAGAGAUAUACCACCAGCUCAUUACACAUUUAAAAUCGAGUCAUUCUCACAACUCUUGCAGAUACUAAUAGAAACUGGAGUAGAGAACUAUGAAUCAAACACUUUUGAAGCUAGCGGCUACAAAUGGAAAUUGUCUCUCUACCCAUCUGGUGAUAAAGAAAGAAAUGGGAAAGGACACAUCUCUCUGUACUUGGUAAUUGCAGAAACAAAUGCUUUGCCUAUUGGUUGGGAGGUUAAUGUGAACUUCAAAUUGUUUGUGUUAGAUCAGAUUCAAGACAAGUACAUGACCAUCCAAGAUGUCAAUGGAAAGGUAAGACGCUUUAAUAGGAUGAAGACGGAGUGGGGUUUUGCGCAAUUACUACCUUUAAGUGUUUUCAACGAUGCUGCUAAUGGAUACCUGAUCCGUGACACAUGCAUUUUUGGAGCAGAGGUUUUUGUUAUAAAAUAUACUGGCAGAGGGGAACAUUUAUCCCUAAGGAAUGUGUGUGAGGGUACUUUUUCUUGGACAGUUGAUAAAUUUUCUUCUCUCAAUGAUGAAGUUCAGACCUCAAAAGCAUUCACUUUGGGGAGUCACCAAUGGAAUUUAUCCCUCUACCCAAAGGGAGAUCAUAGGGUAAAAGGAAGCAUGUUGUCACUCUUUAUUGCCUUACAGGAUUUGAAAACUGUCCAAAAAAUAUUUGUAGAAUUCAGGUUUCGCUUAAGGGACCAACUCCAUGGAAAUCAUGUGGAGUCAAAAGGAAAAAAAUGGUUUACUGCUUCAGUGAGGACUUGGGGUUAUCCUUCAUUCUUAUCACUACAAGAUGUAACUGAUGACUCGAAGGGCUUCCUUGUGAAUGACACUUUGAUUAUUGAGGCCGACAUUAUACGCAUGUUUGCUGUGGAAAAUUUGUCCUAAUUAUAUGGAAGGCUGAUUUUGAUAGUUAAAGUAAUAUAGUAUCCAACUUUGUGGAUGAGGAUGAUUAAAUGCCAAUGUCAUUUUGGUCCCAUUAGCUGUUCAGCUUGCUUUUUGUGAAACAAUUUAGAUUUUAAUUUAUAUAUGACAGUUUAAGCUCUCUUAAGUUUAUGAGAACUGCUUCAAUUCCUGAGGGACAAGUACAG